UCUCUCUCCUCCGCGCCGUUGCCUCAUGGUUUCACUCACAACACCAACUGGGUGACUCCUUUGAGCUAGAAUUCUCCGAAAGAGGCCUACCAUCGGCACGGGAAUGGACAGGGUAGACUAAGAAUCAACGAUUGAAGCGAAUGAACCAGAACCGGCAUCGGCAUCGGCGAGAGCCAGGGCAAUCAUGGCAUGGUUAUCAUCAUCUGGAUCUCAUGCGAUCAAAUCUGGGCUGUCCUGUCAAUCUGGGCCAGAACCUAGAACGUGACUAGAAACGACAUGGGCAUAUGCAUUUUGGGGUAAGCAUGAGAGCCUCGUGAGUGGCUGAACGAGUAUCAUAUCAUGGCAAACCCUGGUAAUAUUCGCAAUCCAGGCUCACGAAUGCAACCACUUGCUCUUCGCCGUUCCCCGGAAACAGCGCAGGUCAUUGCUUCCUUUGGGAUCCAGAAAUUCUGAAAUUCUUUUUGGGGAUCCUUCAGAAUCAGUCGAUAACGACGAAGUGUUGACGGGAGAAACAGGGUGUUGGUAAGGGUGUGCCAAUUGACCAAUCGCCAGCGUCACCGGUCCCCGCCGACCAAAUCAGAAUCGCACCACAACCGCACUCGACGCCCUAGAAAUCGUGCCAUGCACCUCUGGGCUGUUGUGCUGACUGAUAGUUUACGGUGAAAAAUGAUUGGCCAGCUGUCAAAACACCCUCUAAUACCCCAGGAUCCAGGUCUCUACAGUGGCAUGAUGGUCGCCAAACCAGAUGAAAUCUGACCACAAUGGAUGUAUCCGGCUGCACGGGUUCUGGGAGGUCGCCGUUUGAAGGAAUCCUUGACCAAAUUUGUGAUCUUUAGUGAAAAAGAUCGGCAUCUCAAUUCUGUAUAAGAGGAUGUCAUCUACCGUUCCCAAAGAUAGUCUCUUCUCUCAUCAUCAUCAGCAUCAUCAGAGCAAUAACAACUCCCCACUCAACAAACAUCUUCACCACUCAAUUCAAUUCUUUGAGUAUAUUACUACUGGGUUUCCUCUAAGGACAACUUGAAAUCGAUUCAUCUCAAAAACAACUCAACUCAACCAACCACUUACACCAACCCGACUCCUUAAAAUCAAUCAAACAUGUCUCCCAUCGUUGUUCGAUCUGCCGCCCGCGCUGUUCAGCGCCGCCAAUUCUCUCUCCUCACUGCUAUGCGAAACGCUGGCCGAGCCAUGGAGUCUCACCCAUUCGAGCGUCUUCCCAUCACUCAGCAGCCCGCUAAGCCCGACUACGCCAAGAUGUUCAAGCGAGUUGGAAGCCAAGCUCUCUUCUUCUUCCCUGGCUUCGCUGUCAUCCUCGGCUGGCCCCUCGCUGCCCAGUAUGCCUUCGACGGUAGACUGUAAAGGAUAGAUAUACAGAAACACCCAAUCUGUUGGAUAGACUUCGACUGAGCAAGACUCGACGGUACCACUACUCGAUAAACACAUGCACGCAUGGAUACCUGGAUAUUGGGACCAAUUGUUGUGACAAUGCACAGUCACUGGUAAAUAGCAUGGAAAGGCGUUGAGGUGCAUUGCAGGAAGGGUGCUUAAAGCAACCCAUCUACGACUACAUAUGAUAAAUUUCUAGAACUAUAUAAUUCCAUAUGUUAUAACUUCAAAGCUUCUUUCUCUUGUGAUUACUGUACAUUACCUCCAAUAUUCGCUUUUCAUCCUAAACACCCCGCUUGAUAUUCAGGUUACAUCACAUACACUAAUCAUCCCCAGGCAUCAACGAUAUGGGGUACUUUAGCGAUCGCUAUCCUUGAGAGCUCUAUCUUAAAUGGAACGACUCCCUGGCAAUAUCUCAUGAACCUUCCAAAUACGCCGAGUUAUACUCCGAAUUAUACUCCUCAACAGAUUUAUGACAUGACCGCUUCUACACAUUCUUUGAACCUGUCAGCCGUCCUACAAUAAAAGCAGCUACUAGAAGACUAGGUACGCCGACGCCGACACUGAUACCAACUCCUCUAUUUCUUCGAUUCUCUUCGACUUUCCCCACUAACCUAUAUUACGAUGCGUUUCAAGAUAUGGCACCACGUCAUUGUCCAUAACUAUCACGUGUUGGGGUUUGUCCAUCGAAUAUUCCUGGUUUCAUAGAACUAGUCUCUUCAGACAUCGCACGAUUCUCAAUGCUGUCUCUGAUAUAGGCAAGAAAACUUCUAAAUUCUAUCCUAAGUAACAAAAACAUUUAGGUAAACUUAGUAAACUUAGGCAAAUUUAGUAUAGACUUAGUAGGCCUUUAGACUAGUAUAUACUCUAAAUUAGCUCUCCAUCACCAUCUUCGACAA